AGUUUACCUCCAUUCCAUCCAGAUCUGCCCUCUCUCUCUCUCUCUCUCUCUAAAAUUCUGUUUGUUUGUCUCUCUCUCUAGAAGUGUGCGAGGAGGGGGUUGAUGAUAGAAAUGGAGAAACUGAUGGGAUGGUUGGUCAUCGUCUUCGCAUUGCUCGUAGCGACGCAAGUAACAUCCGAUGGUUCUGAUCACACCUACAAAUCUGGAGAUCCUGUCCCUCUCUACGCCAAUAAAGUCGGCCCCUUUCACAAUCCCAGUGAAACAUACCGCUUUUUUGAUCUGCCUUUCUGCAUGCCAGAUCAUGUCAAAGAGAAAAAGGAAGCUCUUGGCGAAGUAUUGAAUGGAGACCGUUUAGUCAGUGCCCCCUAUAAACUUGAUUUUUUGGCUGAAAAAGACUCUGAAACUGUUUGCAAGAAGACUCUGACCAAGGAAGAAGCUGCCAAGUUCCGAAGUGCUGUCUCAAAGGACUACUACUUCCAAAUGUACUAUGAUGACUUGCCCAUCUGGGUUUUCUUAGGGAAGGUUGACAAGGAAGGCAAAGCUGAUCCUAGCGAGUACAAAUAUUACCUAUUUAAGCAUCUUCACUUUGAGAUCCUCUACAAUAAGGAUCAUGUCAUCGAGAUUAAUGCGCGGACUGACCCUAAUGCCCUUGUUGACCUCACUGAGGAUAAAGAUGUUGAUGUGGAAUUCAUGUACACUGUCAAGUGGAAAGAAACUAAUACUCCUUUUGAGAAGCGGAUGGAGAAGUACUCACAGUCUUCUUCACUACCACAUCACUUGGAAAUUCAUUGGUUUUCAAUAAUCAAUUCUUGUGUAACAGUUCUCCUCUUGACUGGUUUUCUUGCCACGAUUCUCAUGCGAGUCCUGAAGAAUGAUUUUGUGAAGUAUGCCCAUGAUGAGGAGACAGCCGAUGACCAAGAAGAAACUGGGUGGAAGUACAUCCACGGUGAUGUUUUUAGGUUCCCGAAAUACAAGUCGUUGUUUGCUGCAGCUCUUGGUUCUGGCUCCCAGCUAUUUACCCUUACAAUUUUUAUCUUUGUGCUUGCUCUGGUUGGUGUUUUCUAUCCAUACAACCGGGGAGCUCUGUUCACUGCACUGGUUGUCAUAUAUGCCCUUACAUCUGGGAUUGCAGGCUAUACUGCAGCCUCUUUCUAUUGCCAGCUGGAAGGAAUAAACUGGGUGAGAAAUUUGUUAUUGACUGGAAGCCUGUUUUGUGGACCUCUGCUUCUCACAUUCUGCUUCCUCAACACUGUUGCAAUUUUUUACAGUGCCACAGCAGCACUGCCAUUUGGUACCAUUGUGGUGAUAGUUCUCAUAUGGACUCUUGUCACAUCACCUUUGCUAGUAUUGGGUGGUAUCGCAGGAAAGAAUAGCAAAGCUGAGUUUCAAGCUCCUGUUCGCACCACAAAAUAUCCUAGAGAGAUCCCACCAUUGCCUUGGUAUCGUGGAGCACUUCCGCAGAUGGCAAUGGCUGGGUUUUUACCUUUCAGUGCAAUCUAUAUUGAACUCUACUACAUAUUCGCGAGUGUUUGGGGUCACAGGAUUUACACUAUAUACAGCAUCUUAUUUAUAGUCUUCAUCAUUCUCCUAAUUGUUACUGCUUUCAUCACUGUGGCUUUGACAUAUUUUCAACUUGCUGCUGAAGACCAUGAGUGGUGGUGGAGGUCUUUCCUUUGUGGUGGAUCGACCGGUUUAUUCAUCUACGCCUACUGCUUGUACUACUACUAUGCACGGUCAGAUAUGUCUGGUUUCAUGCAAACCUCAUUCUUCUUUGGGUACAUGGCUUGCAUAUGCUAUGGUUUCUUUCUGAUGCUCGGAACUGUAGGUUUCCGUGCAGCUCUGUUCUUUGUCCGUCAUAUAUACCGCUCAAUCAAAUGCGAGUAGUGUGUGGGGUCGUUUUGUUGGCCUUCCAGGUUUUACUGGUAUGUCUUACAAAUGCAGGGAUGACAUUCCCUGACGAAAGAGGACCAUGUAGAACAGUAGGACUUUUGAGGGAGCUUGUACUAAAAUUCAUCCAGCUGUUACGUGGAAACAAUUCCUCUUUUUUUUCUUUUUUCUUUUUUGUUGCUUUUUUCACAUCUCACCAAUUUAUUUACAAGUAUAUUAGUGUUAGUAGUUUUUUCCCCCCGUUUUGUAAUUUUAUUUUGUUUCAAUGUAGCAAGAGCUCAAGUGAAAUUGGAGUCUUUCAUGGAGGUUCUUGAGAUGAUUUUGGGUUUUUUCA